CACUGUGUCAUCCAUUUGGUAGCUUCUGACUUAGGUUUUCUAUUCAUUAUUCUUGUCUAAGCAUUAUACACUAUAGAUGUAAAUGGUCACCAUGCACCCGUGUGGUUUACCCCAUACUUCAUUGUCCUGGCAAUCACUUGGUCCUAGAUUUCUUUCCUGCAGCCCUAAUCUCUUUAUCUCUACCUAUUGCUUGAUAUUAAAAACUUAUUUUCCCUCUCCCCCCCCCCCCCAUAUCACUGGAGUGGCAAUUUCUUUUUCUUUUUUAUUUUCUUGUAGCCUCCAUUCUUUUUUGAGCCCAGAAUAUAAGAAGAUCAUCGAAGCAAUCAAGGCAGUUAAGUACUCUCCUUAUUCUACCCCAGGUGAGGAAGAUGCUCUCUCCAAGCUGUCGGGGCACUUCUCGGCGUUUGAGGAGACGGAUCAGACGGGCUGGCUCCCAUUGCACCAUGCGGCGACCCAGUUAAACAGAGCCAUCCUGGAGCUCACUCUGAGAGGCUCACAAGCCAGAGUGUGGGACCAAAGUACGCGGGACGGCGAGACGCCCCUCUUCUUGGCAGUGGACAGAUGCCUCUUGGAGAACGCCCACUUUCUUCUCCUCAACGACUGUGACCCCAACACUCAGAAUGCGGAAGGCCAUUCUCCGUUGCUUAUGGCUGUCAAACACUGCGCCUAUGACAUGGCCUCUUUGCUCCUCAGCUUUGGGGCCAAGGUCAAUCUGCGCUGUGCCAACAAGAGGACCCCAUUGCACGAGGCUGCCCGGCUGGGCAGGAAGGACAUGGUGGACCUCAUGCUGCGUUCAGGGGCUGACCCUGACCCUCAGAGCACCUAUGGAUUCACUCCGCUUGCUCUUGCUGCCCAAGGUGGGCACACGCAAGUCAUGGAACUCCUGCUCCAAAAGGGGGCCAACGCUCUUUCCCAGGCUUCAGACUCCUCGUCCGUUUUGCUCGAGGCUGCUGCCGGAGGCGAUCCUGACUCUCUGAAUCUCCUUCUGGAAUACGGAGCUGAUGCCAACGUCCCCAAGAGUUCAGGCCACUUGCCUAUUCACGUAGCUGCUGAUCGAGGCCAUUUGCUAGCGCUAAAGAUUUUGGUCCCCGUGACCGAUGUGGUGGCCAUUAAGAGAAGUGGCAUCAGCCCCCUUCACUGUGCCGCGGCCGGGGCGCACUCCCCGUGCCUGGACUUUCUCCUCCGAGCCGGCUUUGAUGCCAACUUCAUGCUGGAUCAGAAAAUCCGCAAACACUACGACGAUCAAAGGAAGUCAGCCCUGUAUUUUGCCGUGUCCAACGGCGACGUCUCCUCGGUUAAGCUGCUGUUGAACGCGGGGGCUCUGCCCAAUCAGGACCCGGUCAACUGCCUCCAGAUCGCCCUCCGGAUGGGUCACUACGAGCUGGUCAGCCUGCUGCUCCGGCACGGCGCCAACGUCAACUACGUGUGCAGGGUGAACCCUCUGCAUUUUCCCUCGGCUCUGCAGUACACCCUCCAGGACGAGGUCAUGCUAAGGCUGCUGCUCAACUACGGCUACGACACGGAGAGCUGUUUCGACUGUCCCCACGGAGACAAAGUUCAUUCCCGCUACGCCUUUGAAGGCUGGACCUCAACGGUCAUCCGAGACACGCCGUUCUGUGAAGUGAUCACCCUGCCUUGGCUGCAGCACCUCUCGGGGAAGGUCAUUCAGGUGAUGCUCGACUACGUGGACAGAGUUCAGAUCUGCUCCAAGUUAAGGGCGGUCCUCCAAGAGCAGGCCUCGUGGGCAGAAAUCCAUGCGGUCCUCACAAAUCCUCGCCCGCUCACACAUCUCUGCCGCCUCAGGAUCCGGAAGUGCAUGGGGCGCUUGCGUCUGCGCUGCCCCGUCUUCAUGUCCUUCCUUCCCCUGCCCACCCGCCUGAAAGAAUUCAUCCUUUACAGGGAGUACGACCUCUGCAGCCACGGGCGCCUGGCGGGGUCCUGGGAGAGAAGCCGGCUCGGAAGCCAAGAGUAGAACUUUCGGUCUUUCUCCUGCUUUCAUCAGCUCGGAAAUGUGGCCGCGAACCCUUCCCGGCGUCCCUCCUGUCUGUCCAUCUCGCGUGUAGCUGAUAGUGGACGUAUUCACGCGGGGACUCCUUCCAGUGACCGAUGAAAGCAAGUGUAGCAGCUGCUCAAGCUCAGGGAGUUGUCGGAACCCCACGGAGGCCGAGACUGGGCCGGUACCCCCCAUGGAGAUCCCAGUGUCCCGGGCCUGAAGCUCAGCUCUCGAUGGCAGACAGUGUUGGGAAUGAAGACGUCACCGGAACGAUCCCAUUUUCUGGCUAACGAUGUUUGCAAUUCAAUAGAAGCUUUCCGAAAUUGUACCCACACGUUGGCACUUUGAGAAGGUGUCCUCAAGCUGAAAUCUUUGGGGACUGAGCUUGCAAUUCUUUUCCUUUUCACAAGUUUUUACUGUGUCGUGUUAGCAGAUGCAGAAUGGGAUGAGGGGCAGCUAGGCAGACCGAGAGCCAGGCUUGGAGGUGGGCUUGGGUCCGAGUAUAACCUCAUCCGCUUCCUCGCUGUGGGACUAGCACAGCCGCUUCACCCCAAUUCUGCCUUGGAACGGAUACUUCAUAUCCUUUCUAAGACAAAAAGGGUCUCAAAAACAAAACAGAACAUAGUGAUCUGGUUGGAUGGCCUGAGCCCGGAUUCUGGGUUCGGAACUCUGAAACGAGGGAGGAGACCAGACGGGCCAAGGCCCCUUCCAGCACUAGCAUUUCUUCCAUUCACACUCAGACCCAAGUGACUGGAACAUCAGCCAGCAAGCAUUUCAGAGGCUCCGCAUGCCCUCCGCUAGGCCAGGGGCUGGAGCUCCACCUGGAGCCGGUCCCUGUCCUCGAGGAGCCGUUCAGUGUAAGGGCCAAGCAAAGAGGCAACAACUGCUAGGAAAGGGACUUCAGGAUCAGGAACAGAAAAGGCAAAGACUUGCUAUCACUGCCCUUCCUCAGAGGUGCUGGGAGGAAGGCGCUUGUGGGUCAGAAACCAUUCCAACGAGGUGGCGGUUGAUUCUGUGGGAUGAAUUCGAAUUAGGAUUUACGGCGGAAGCAGGGAGGGACUUGGUGGAGGCCUUCAGCCGCGAUGCUGCUCUCGGCUAAGCUUCGCUAACCAGGAAAGGGAGCCGUUUUCGGUAAACGUGGGGGAACUAAAGGAACGUGGCGACACGAUCCCAUUUCUGAAGGCUUCCGUUACUGGAUACAGACUAAGCACGGCGCUGCAGAGAGAAACACUCAGAUAACGGGUAGAUUUAUUGAAGAUCAAUGAUAGCAUUUGGUCAAAUAGCUCAGCAAGUGUGCUCCGCUAUCUAAAUAAAGCAUCUGGACGCCAGUUCCUACUGUGCAGAGAUUUAGCUUUAAACAUCUCACAUGCAUCCCAAGAAUAGCAUAUUUUUCUGGCUAGGCUAAUAUUCAGGCAAUACAACCAAUCAUUUAAUAGAAAAAGAAAAUGUUAGCAAACCAAUCCCUUUCCGUAGUCACACUUUAAUGGCAACGUCCGAUUCCGUAAACAGGAGCACGCGAUGGGCACCGGCUCCCCGGGUUUCCCAGAUUCGGGCCUAAAAGCACUGCGGGGGCUACUUUCACAAGCGCACAUUUCCUUUGGGAGGAGUAAACGGAGUGAUGGACGGCCUUUUACAGAAAUGUCUGCAGGAAUAACUGGCAUUUAGAGUCGAUUUCUUAAAUUUGAGCUUUAAGGUCAGCUUGUGUGUGCGCACGUGUGCAGAAUAUACAGGUACCAUCCUAGUUAAAUUAUAAGUAAAAAUCUCAUUCCCUUUGUUCCCGACGCCUCGAAAAGCGUACAAAUGUUAUAAGUCUAGAGAGGACAAGCCACCCCAAUCGAGCCUCUACAAGACCACCAGGGGGCCAAGAACUCAAAGAAAUGAGAACGAGCACAUGUGGAAACGAUACCACUUAAGCAACACUCCAGGUCUAUGCUGGUGUCUACAUUCAUCUGGUCCUACACAGCACAGUGUCAAACGGCCCAGCAGAACGCCCAAGUGCUGCUGGAAGUAGAUCAAAAUGUAAUUAGAGGCAGCUGGGUAGCUCAGUGGAUGGAGAGUCAGGCCUAGAGACGGGAG